GCCUCACAGUUAAACAGUCCACUAUACACAGGAUGCCAUGACAUUUUCUGAACCAGAAACAGUGGAGACGAAACUUAGCUGCCGGGAUUUUAAGGAGAUGCUGCAUUGUUUGCAAUGCAGCAUCUAUUUUGUUCAGAAACUUACAGCUUCAAAUGUUCUCGGCAUCUAUACUCGUCGCAGAACAUGUCAGCUGACCUUACCCAGACAGUUCGUUAGAGAACAUGGAAACAGAAUUCGAAAGUCUGUUGUUCUUCUAUCUGGCCUGAGCCAUGGACCGUGGAAUCUUUGGCUGUCAAUAUGUCCUUCUCGACCCGUUAUGCCAGAAGUGACUUUUUCCAGUGGAUGGAGAGCUUUCGUUGCUUUUAAUGGGCUUGAAGAAGGAGAUCACCUUAUCUUCUCCCUUACAGCCGUGUCGCAGUUUCAAGUCUACAUAUUCAACGGAAAUGGACAUCAAAAGAAACCUCAAAUGCUGGAAGCAUCUGUAAAAUGGUCUGACGGAAUUGAGUUCCCUCAAAAGAAAAUUCUCAACCAGUCCCUUGGAUACAACCUUGCAGAAGGAAACGCGGGUCUCGUAUGCAACGUGUGUCCAAUAUGUGCAAGGAGAAGACCUUUAUCUGAGAAAGAAUUUGCAGGCACCGCUUCCACUGAUACCUGUAGCCAAAGCUCACCCCACAGCAGCGCUCUUAAUGCACAAGUUAGUUUGGAGUUUUCUCAGAAGUGUCGAAAGUACUUUCCAAGCUUCUCGAAGAGAAUCGUAGCCAGGGACGUUUUCCGCCUGGAAAUCCCACAGCAUUUCGCAGUGAAAUAUGGGAGUCAACUGCUCGAUUCCAUCCAACUUCAAGGAAUUCAUGAAAGCUCACCAGUGCGAAAUCUCCAGACCAUUAGUCACUUGGACAAAGCGCGAGUCAGGCUCUACUUAGCAGGAGCUGGGUGGGACAAUUUCGUGACUGAGAACAUGCUUCGGGUGGGGAAUGAGCUUGUUUUUUAUCUUUCCGCUGAUUCGUUCUUCAAGGUCAGGGAAGAUUCUUAUUGGAACCCUGUCACUGGCUUGAACAACGUCCCGUCACACGUUUUGUGAGAUGAAUGAGAGCGCUUCGUUAAAUACUUGUAAAAUCUCAACGCACAUGUGAUUCUGAAUCCAAGAGCUUAACAGGAUAGAACGAUCACUGUGAUCGAGAGUUAGAAAUUGUCGGACUCAUCUUGUAAAUCUCUGCGCAUGACUCUAUCUCGAUAUAGAAUUAAGGAGAGAAUAGAGUAGACUUCAAUCCGUGCAUAAUUUGUGUAUCUAAUUAACUCUGCUGAUACUCAGCUCUCAGUUCUAUUCAGUUUUUGUGGUGUGUUCAAGCGAAUGCUUAGUCGCCCGUUGCAUUAUGAUUCAAAGAAUAAUAUGCACCUUAGAUUUCCAAAUAUCUUCACGGUGGACAAAUUAUAACUCAAUACUUCUCUCCAAUCGCUUUGUUGACUUUAUUAGACUGCUGAAUGAGGUUGUCUGGAAUUGUUCUUAGGCCCCUGCUGUACUUGUUACUGUGAUGAAACCAGAAUCCUUCACUCUGGAACAUGUAUCCUUAAAACCUUUUCUGGCAAUUGUGGAAAUUGUGUAUCUUAAUUCUACUUCGACUUUGAGCAGCAAAGGAUUGAGAAUGAGGAUAAUACGUGUUGUUUCCAUUACUAGCUAGUUUACUUCCACAAAUAGGCAAUUUUUGCCCUUCGUGUCGAUUCUCGCUUUCCCCAGAUAGUGCCUCGUUAAUUUUUAUAAGCUCGUAGCGAGAAAGAAUAUCUAAGUUGUGGCCUAUUCUCGAGUGCUUCAAUGAGCAAUGAGUUCCAGUGUGAUACUAUAUGAACGCUCGUCUUGUUACGCUACCAUCUAGGAAUUCGUGUGCAUGUUCGAUUGUUCUGCUCGGCAUGGUGAAGAUCCUAUAGCAGCUUUCGCAACUAGUGACACCUGAUAUAUUGAGCCCCUGUGCAUCGUCAUCCUGAUACCUUCGGAUCUCUAUAGUGGCAACGAAGGAUGGCCAGGGCACGAAGCUGAAGGCUUUUCCUGCUAUGUGGUGGGAAGAAGAGGAGAAUGAAAAAAAUAUUGAAAGCAAAAAUAGUUAAUGCUUAUUCACUGUAUUUCAUUGUCUGAUGAACUUAGCUCCGAACCGAAGUCAUGUUUUUACAGGUGGUUGAUAGCACUGUGGCGUAUGACUCAAUGUUCGAGAAGCCAGCGCAUAGCUUCAAAUUUGUUGACAUCUUGCCGAGGAACGAAGAAAUGGAUCUUAAGGGUGGGAAUAUGAAAGAAAGGAUGGGAAAUCCACAUUCGGGCAGUAUUUUUUUAACACAGGAGGUCGUCUUCAGAGAAAACCUAUCGCAAUAUCAGAUGUAAUGGCCUGCGCACUUGCUAUGCACCCUAACACUCAAUCUAUGCGCAGCUACCAAAGAAGGGACCGGAACAACAGAAACUCCGCAGAUAUCAACAGACGAGUCUUCUGUCAGAAGAUUCGGUGAUCCUAUGACAGGCAAGAAGAGGGAGAAAUCAUCGUCUGGGCUGCACAAUUUAUUUUUAUUUUUUCUUUGCAAGAGGUAUAAACAUGGAACUGCGGAGGCACUGGUCAAGGAGAUCGAUAUCGAAGUCGCUGAUUUAAAUUAUAUUUCACCUCGGAACUCGACUUCCUGCGAGUCGCAUUUCUAUGGACCGGUAACGCAACCCUGCAUCCUCACAUUGUGUGCAAAAUUGGGAUAUGUAUGCCUUGAACUACUACGAUCAAAGUUUGUCGACGGGCAUUUGGCUCGAAUUCGAGUUCGCAUCAGGUUUUCGAAUUCACAUCCUCAGUGCAAAUUGAUGCAGAGAAUCUUGCAGAAAUCCCCUUUGCAAAGCUGCUGUAGCACAGAGAUUUACUCGGAGAGACACCAUGCCCGUGAGUGCAGCGGCGAGGCAUCCCAAAGGAAGCCGCUAACAUCAGAUCCAAGUUUUCUCAAGCUAUUGACUCUCACCAGAAUAAAUCACCUGGUAGGCUCUUGCAAAAAAAGUUCCUUCUGGAAUCAUUCGUAAGUUAUUAAAAUAAACCAACGAUGAUGAGUCAUCAAAUAAAUUAAAACCGGUUUAGUAAGAUGACUGCAUUCACAAAGGAAGACUCAAGCACCAGGUCACGCAGACAAGUCUGUUUGACGAUUGUGUAGGAAAUUCCCUUCAACUUCUACAGGACACACUGCAAUCUGCUUCGCACGCUCGUCCAGCUUCAGGGGAUUCCAAAACGGGUCCCCAGUGCACACUGUCGCAAUCUAUGUAAGGUAUGACAGGGUUCGUCCCAGGCUCUCCCUUCGAAAAAGGGGAAAGAAUUUCUGCACUAAAAAUGGUCUUGAAGUUGGGCAAGAGCUUGUGUUCACUCUUACUGCCGACUCGUGUUUUGUUGCGGGACCAUGGGUUCAAUCAAGUAAAGUUCCCUUAGUCAGUGCUUUCUCCAAAACUGCACUCAAUCAAA